CACUUUGACCGAGGUACAAAACCGUUUGAUAGACUUCUGUUUGGACUCAGACUUUGUAUUUGUCUGGUUCAUCUUUACCGUGCUGUCAGCUCACUGUUGUAUUUGCCAUGGCGCAGCAAAAUCUGUCCGUGGUACUGCACUCCCAGGGAGACCUCAGACUGGAAAAGCGGCCUGUCCCUGAACCAGGACCUAAUGAGGUUUUGCUCCAGAUGCACUCAGUUGGAAUCUGUGGAUCAGAUGUUCACUUUUGGCAGCACGGCCGAAUUGGGGACUAUGUCGUCACGAAGCCAAUGGUGUUGGGACACGAGGCUUCAGGGCGGGUGUUGAAGGUCGGCUCAGCAGUCAAGGACCUUCAAGUGGGUGACAGAGUGGCCAUUGAGCCUGGUGUGCCCCGUGAGAUGGACGAGUUCUUCAAAAACGGACGAUAUAACUUGUCUCCUACCAUAUUCUUCUGUGCCACACCCCCCGACGAUGGAAAUCUGUGCAGAUACUACAAGCAUAGUGCCAACUUCUGUUACAAGCUACCUGAUAAUGUGACAUUCGAGGAGGGAGCACUAAUUGAACCUCUGUCUGUGGGAAUCCACGCCUGUCGCAGAGCCGGCGUAACCCUAGGCAGCAACGUCCUCAUCUGUGGUGCAGGACCUAUUGGAUUGGUCUGUUUGCUCGUGGCCAAGGCAAUGGGAGCCUCAAAGGUCGUCAUCACUGAUCUGUCCCCAGAGCGUCUCACAAUGGCCAGAGAGUUGGGUGCAGACUUCCAGCUGACAGUGAAGAGAGGAGAUGGAUCCCAGCAGCUGGCCAAGAGUGUAGAGGACAUGCUGGGCGCUCAGCCUCACAUCACUAUUGAAUGCACCGGUGUUGAGAGCAGCAUUCAAACUUCCAUCUAUGCAACACGUUCAGGGGGUGUGGUGGUCCUGGUGGGUCUUGGUUCUGAGAUGGCCACUGUUCCUCUGAUCAAUGCCGCUGUGAGAGAAGUGGACAUCAGAGGGGUUUUCCGCUACUGCAAUACGUGGCCGAUGGCCAUAGCCAUGGUGGCGUCGGGUAAAGUGAACGUGAAGCCCCUCGUGACUCACCGCUUCCCUCUGGAGCAGGCAGUCCAGGCCUUUGAGACCACACGUCAGGGUGUUGGGGUAAAGGUCAUGUUAAAGUGUGACGAGAAUGACCAGAAGCCCUGAUCUGACCGGAUGCAGUGACAUAAACCGGGUUGACUGAGAGCGACUCAGAAUGACAUCCAAACCUAAGAAAGAUAACAUUGAUAGUUCAAAGAGACACUAUUAGUAAUAAUAAUAACAGCACUGUGACCACUAUUACCUACAGGUCAGAGAUGUAAUUAAAAUCAGGUGGUACGAGUAAUUAUUUUAUGAUGCUCUUUGUUUUAUAAACAACAUUUUAAUUGUUUUUUUAUUGUAUAUAAUUUGCAAUUUUAUGUAUACGUAUUUAAAUUUAUGAUAAUUUUGCAUACAGCUACUUUAGUAAAAGAAAAUCCUUAAAUAAUAAAAUUAAAAUAACAAAA